AUGGCUUCUGAAGAUAUCUCACAGCUGGCUGAUUCCCUGGCAAAAACUAGGGUGGGAGGGGGAGAGCUAAGCUUUAAAGGCAAAACUCUGAAGCUUAACACAGCUGAAGAUGCUGAAGGUGUGAUACGGGAAAUCAAUGAGUAUGAAGGGCUGCAGGCAUUACGUCUAGAGGGCAACACUGUAGGUGUGGAAGCAGCUAAAGCUAUUGCUAAGGCUUUGGAAAACAAGUCUGAUCUCAAGCGUUGCCAUUGGAGUGAUAUGUUCACUGGGAGACUAAGAUCUGAAAUUCCUCCUGCAUUAAUUUCACUGGGUGAAGCCUUGAUGACAGCAGGGGCUCAGCUGACAGAGCUUGAUCUGAGUGACAAUGCUUUUGGUCCAGAUGGGGUGCGAGGGUUUGAGGCGCUACUCAAAAGCCCUGUGUGCUUUACCCUGCAAGAACUGAAGCUCAACAACUGUGGCAUGGGUAUUGGUGGAGGAAAGAUUCUAGCUGCUGCCCUUAUAGAGGCCCACAGAAAAUCAAGUUCACUUGGCAAACCAUUGGCUUUGAAAAUGUUUGUUGCCGGAAGAAAUCGUUUAGAAAAUGAUGGGGCUACUGCUUUAGCAGAAGCUUUUCAGCUCAUCGGAACCCUGGAAGAAGUACAUAUGCCUCAAAAUGGCAUUAAUCAUCAUGGAAUCACUGCAUUGGCUGAAGCUUUUAAAUUCAACCCAUUACUGAAAGUCAUGAACCUUAAUGAUAAUACAUUUACAGACAAGGGAGGCAUGCUAUGGCUGAGACUUUGAAGACACUAAGACAAGUGGAGUAUAUUAAUUUUGGGGACUGUUUGGUGCGAUCUAAGGGAGCAUUAGCCAUUGCAUCUGCCCUGAAAGGGGGAUUACAUAAAUUGAAGGAACUUAACCUCUCCUUCUGUGAGAUUAAGCGUGAUGCAGGACUUAAUUUGGCAGAAUCUGUUGAAGACAAAUCUGAGUUGGAAAGACUGGAUUUAAAUGGAAACAAUUUCGGAGAGGAGGGUUGUGAACAUAUUCAGGAAAUUCUGGAUGGCUUUAACAUGGCCACUGUUUUGGGAUCACUGAGUGACGAUGAAGAGGAUGACGGUGAUGAUGAUGAUGACGAGGAUGAAGAUGAUGAUGACGAGGAUGAAGAUGAAGAGGGAGAGGAGGAAGAAGAGGAGGAAGAUGAGGAAGAGGAAAGAGGGGAUGAAGAUGAGGAAGACGAACAGAAAGUGGAGUUCUCAAAGAAAAUUCCACAGCCGGAAUCGCCACCUACUGCGGCCCCCUCUUCCACCUGUUGAUGCGUCAACUUUUCUCAGCUUUCCCUCCCCAGAAAAACUCUUGCGGAUGGGUCCUAAGAGUUCAGCCAUAGCAGCUCAGACUGAUGUUACAGACACUGAAAAGGUGGUACAGGCCUUCAUCCAGAUAGCAUCUGUGUACCGAGAUGAACAGGAAGUGAAAACAGCAGUGGAAGAAACUGUUGACAGUUUGAUGAAAAAAAGCUUUUGGCAGUUCAGUUUUUCAGCCAGAUAUGUUUGUUACCAGUUUACUUGUGCGCAUGGGUCUUCUUAAGAGUGAGGAUAAGAUUAAACCUGUUCAGAACUUGCAUGGACCACUACUGACUCUGAAUCAUGUAGUGCAACAAGACUAUUUUCAGAAAUCACUUGCUCCUGUCCUGCUGGCUUUUAUUUCAAAACCAAAUGCUGCACUGGAAUCUCAGCCUUUUGCUCGACACACCCUGCUACAAACCCUUCAUAAUUUGUAA